UGUGUGUGUGUGUGUGUGUGAGUGUGUGUUUGUGUGUAUGUGUGUGAGCGAGCCGCAGCAGGUAUAUCGUACAGUGGGAGAUUUCUACAGCGUGAAAAAUUACCCAAGCCACCGAAGCUCACGUUCUGGUCCCUCAGCUUUGCUCCCCUUCCCCCCACCCCCUUUUUUCGCAAUCCGCCUUUGAUGAGUUUUUGGCUUACUUUUUGGCGUAGUCUCCUGGGCACGUUUUGUUGGUGCUGGAAGAUCAGAUAAAUGGAACCUUUGAAAACUAAUUGAUUUUCUCCUUUGUGACUUAAAAAGAAAAAAAAAAGAGGAGAGACAUAAUAGCUGGAGGAAUUUUAAUUUUCCUUGGUGAAGUUUAAAGAGGACCAAUGAGGAAGGUAUGGCCCGGACACUAACAGUGGAAACGUGCCCAUAAUGCAUCAGCAAUGCGUCAAAAUCCUGAAUCAGAAGAGUCAUCUCUUGGAUGACCCAAAGAGACCAGCAAUAACUCAUGGAAUUUAUUAAUAUGGGAACAUCCUGAAAUUAUACAUCACCCAAAAGAAAAUAACUGGAUUCUCCUUCUUUAAGCCGAAGACCCAUCUGAUGGAAGAUUGUUGACAGAUAUUAUAUUUCCCUGGUUCUUGGCCACCCGGAUUUCCGUCUGGAUGUUCGCGCGAUCGGUCUGAAAUACAACGCUUUGAACUCCAGGAGGACCAAGACCAGUUAAAUUAUGAAUGUUGAACAAGAUGACCUUACAUCCACAGCAGAUAAUGAUAGGUCCUAGGUUUAACAGGGCCCUAUUUGACCCGCUGCUUGUGGUGCUUCUGGCUCUUCAGCUUCUCGUGGUGGCUGGCCUAGUGAGGGCUCAGACCUGCCCUUCCGUCUGCUCCUGCAGCAACCAGUUCAGCAAGGUGAUCUGCGUGCGCAAGAAUCUCCGAGAGGUUCCAGAUGGCAUCUCCACCAACACGAGGGUGCUGAAUCUCCACGAGAACCAGAUUCAGGUCAUCAAAGUGAACAGCUUCAAGCACCUGAGGCACUUGGAAAUUCUCCAGCUGAGCAGAAAUCACAUCCGAACGAUCGAAUUAGGGGCCUUCAAUGGUCUCACUAACCUCAACACCCUGGAACUCUUUGACAACCGAAUCACCAUCAUCCCCAAUGGAGCUUUCGUGUACUUGUCAAAACUGAAGGAGCUCUGGCUGCGGAACAACCCCAUUGAGAGCAUCCCCUCGUAUGCUUUUAACAGGAUCCCUUCUCUGCGCAGGUUGGAUCUGGGGGAAUUGAAAAGGCUUUCAUACAUCUCGGAAGGUGCCUUUGAGGGCCUGUCCAAUUUGAGGUACUUGAACCUUGCCAUGUGCAACCUCCGGGAUAUCCCUAAUCUCACUCCCCUCGUUAAACUGGAUGAGCUGGAUCUUUCCGGAAACCAUUUGUCGGCAAUCAGACCAGGAUCCUUCCAAGGACUGAUGCACCUUCAGAAACUGUGGAUGAUUCAGUCUCAAAUUCAAGUGAUUGAAAGGAAUGCCUUCGAUAACCUUCAGUCACUGGUAGAGAUCAAUCUGGCACACAACAAUCUGACGUUACUGCCUCACGACCUCUUCACGCCCCUCCAUCAACUAGAAAGGAUACACUUGCAUCAUAAUCCCUGGAACUGCAACUGUGAUAUCUUGUGGCUGAGCUGGUGGAUCAAGGACAUGGCCCCGUCCAAUACUGCAUGCUGUGCCCGUUGCAACACGCCUCCCAACCUGAAAGGACGGUACAUCGGGGAGUUGGACCAGAAUUAUUUCACAUGUUACGCUCCCGUGAUCGUUGAGCCCCCGGCCGACCUCAACGUCACGGAAGGCAUGGCGGCUGAGCUGAAAUGUCGGGCCUCCACCGCACUGACCUCGGUGUCUUGGAUUACUCCAAAUGGAACAAUUAUGACCCAUGGGGCCUACAAGGUUCGGAUUGCCGUGCUCAGCGAUGGCACAUUAAAUUUUACCAAUGUAACUGUGCAAGAUACAGGCAUGUAUACAUGCAUGGUGAGUAAUUCUGUUGGAAAUACCACGGCUUCAGCCACCCUAAAUGUUACUGCAGCCCCCGCUACUCCUUUCUCUUACUUUUCAACUGUCACAGUAGAGACUAUGGAACCUUCUCAGGACGAGGCACGGACCACAGAGAACAACGUGGGCCCUACGCCGGUCAUUGACUGGGAUACCGCCAACGUGACCACCUCUCUCACGCCACAGAGCACAAGGUCAACGGAGAAGAUGUUCACCAUCCCAGUGACCGAUAUGAGCAAUGGGAUUCCGGGGAUAGAUGAGGUGAUGAAGACUACCAAAAUCAUCAUCGGUUGUUUUGUGGCCAUAACCCUCAUGGCCGCGGUGAUGCUGGUCAUUUUCUACAAGAUGAGGAAACAGCACCAUCGGCAGAACCACCAUGCGCCAACGCGGACUGUUGAAAUCAUUAAUGUGGAUGAUGAGAUUACAGGUGACACACCCAUUGAGAGCCACUUGCCCAUGCCUGCCAUAGAGCAUGAGCACCUAAAUCAUUAUAACUCUUAUAAAUCUCCCUUCAACCACACAACCACAGUGAACACAAUAAAUUCAAUACACAGUUCAGUGCAUGAACCGUUAUUGAUUCGAAUGAACUCUAAAGACAAUGUACAAGAGACUCAAAUCUAAACCAUUUACAAAGUUACAGAAAACAGACAGUUUAUAAAAAUGACACAAAUGACUGGGCUAAAUCUACUGUUUCAAAAAAAAAGUGUCUUUACAAAAAAACAAAAAGAAAAGAAAUUUAUUUAUUAAAAAUUCUAUUGUGAUCUAAAGCAGA